AGAGCCAGGCUUCCGGGCCCCGCCCCGCUGUGCCCCGCCCCCACGGCGCAGGCGCCGAUUGGCCAGCGCGGCUGCAGGGCGGGGCCCAUCCUUAAAGGGGCGGGAGCUAAGGGGGACCCGAGGCGGCGGCGGUGAUGCCGCGUGGCCGCGCGUGGGUUGCUUCUACAUCUCUCUAAUGCCCGCCCCUGGUCCCAAACCCAUGGAGCCCGCGCGAGACUACCCGCUGUUCGGGGGCGCCUUCUCCGCCGCGCUCCCUCCCGGGGCCCUUGACGUAAGCGACCUCCGACCGGUCCCGGACAACCAGGAAGUUUUCUGCCACCGCGUGACGGACCAGAGCCUGAUCGUGGAACUUCUGGAGCUCCAGGCCCACGUGCAGGGAGAGGAGGCUGCGCGGUACCACUUUGAGGACGUGGGCGGGGUGCAGGGGGCUAGGUCUGUGCAGGUGGACAGUGUGCAGCCCCUCCUUUUGGAGAACCUGGCUCUGAGGAGCUGCUGUCAAGAAGCCUGGGUCCUGUCUGGCAAGCAGCAGGUAGCUAAAGAAAACCACCAGGUAGCAAAGGAUGUGAGAGUGCACCAGGCUUUGCUGCGGCUGCCCCAGUACCAGACUGAUCUCCUGCUCACCUUCAAUGAUCCCCCGUUAUCUCUUGGUCCUGAAAAUCUGUCACUUCCGCCCUGGAGCCUGGGUGACUUCGAACAGCUGGUGACCGGUCUGACCCUUCACGACCCCAACAUCUUUGGUCCCCAGUAAAGAUGCUGAAACACUGCGUGAAGUUGCUCUAGUACACGGGGACCUCAUUCUUCAAGGGAAACAAGGGGUUGGACACAUACCCCUAAUUCCUUCCCUGUGCAUAAACAUGAGACACCUGUCUGCAGAAAUAAACUGGCUUUAUAAUCAA